CGAUGGACUCAACACCGUACAACAGCCAUCAGUGAUGUCGCGUCGAGAAAUAUAAAUAUAGGUGUAGAAGCAGAGAAACGGGAGAAGAGAAAGAAAACGAAAAGAAUGCAAAAUAGUAAAGAAAGACUGAUAUUUUGGCCACGUUGGUAGUUGGGACCAAUAUGUCGCUUAUUGAAAGAGAUAUACCUACUGAAAGCAACAUUUUCGUCUCCUCUCUACAACAAACAAUCUCACGUCCAAGCAGUUAAAAAGAAAGAAAAAAUCGUGUCAGUUUAUAACGUUUCUUUUUGUUUGUUUUUAGAAGCUGUCUUUGCUUACAACAAGCGUGAUAAGUCAGUUUAUUAUUGCUCUGUUCAAUGUGGGUCAACUAUUUAACAUUUUGUGCAAUAUAUUUGAAAUUUGUUGACGAAAUAUUAAAAUUUUGGUUUGUAAAUUAAUUCCAAUAUGGUGAUAUCCUUGGACGGAUCUGUAUUUUUGAUACUUUCUUUGCUAUGUUUGCUUUUGAAACAAAAUCUCGUGGUUUGUGGGAUGAGCCCAACAACAGAUUUAAGCCCAAACUUAAUAUCAUUUCUUGAAAACACCGGCUAUACUUCACCAUUGAUAAACAGAACUGAUGAAAAUCUUCGGUCACAGAUACUGCGAUCUAAGCGCGACGCCGAUUUUGCGUAUUUUGAUGACGAUGAUGUGCUUGAGCUUCUCCAGCAAGAAGACUAUGUUUCGGCUGUCCUGAAUUACAUCGAAUUAACGCACAAUCGCAGCGAUUCGCAACACUGUGCACGGACUUCUUUGAAAGCUCAUUUUAGGUAUGACCUAUCUAAUCAGUCUUUUGAUCGUUUUGAAAGACAAGCAGCCGCUGCCAUAAAAACAGCAAAUAUUCUGACGAACCUUUUUUUAAAGGAUUCAGGCGAUAAAGAAAUGCUUUAUAAUGAAGAGUUUUGUUACUCUUUGGUGAAGGUAAAUGUUGAGAGUGAUCCUUUCAUAUAUGCUAGUGGUAUUGGCUUUCAAAGAGGCGUUUUCCGUCCUCGUGGGAAAAUACCACCGCUACUGUUCGCUCCUUAUGCGUUCAGACAAGAUGGAUAUAUUGAAACCAAGGACUUAGCGACAGCUUAUAACGUUUCCUACGAUGAAGAAGACUCUGUUGGAAGUGAAUGGUUCUGGCAACCUUUUUUAAGAAACUUCACUGACCUGAUCCAAAGGAAAAGCAACACAAACCUUAGUGUCGCUUCUGUGCCUCUUCUGAGCGGCGGCAGCGACAUUAUAGUUGGCUUAUCUGACGGUAGGUGGACUUCACCUUAUUUGGAAUGUGGUGGUGGAAACAAGUGGCUAAUUUCGUACUCAGCGCCAUUUUUUGGACGACAGGAAAACAACAUAAAUUUUAGGUAG